CUAUGGAUUGGUUUGUUGGUUGUGUGGUAAUUUGGAACUUACUUCAUCUUUGAUCUCUUUCGAUUUCGUUUCGUUAAAGGAUUUAGGGGUAGAAAACCAUUUUGAUUUGUGACAAGUUGGUGACUAUAUGUUGUUGGGGCACAUUGCAGAGUCUUUGUAAUUUCACCUAGGAGAAAUGAUGUCCAUUGUCAAUGUCAUUAUCUGCAUCUAACAUCGUUUUUUUCCAACAUUGUUAGCAUUGAUCUCCAUAGCGUCGCUCUUUUCAACUUAGAGAUAAUUUUGUGUUUCUUUGCCUUGAGAAGAACAUGGACAAUGUCGAUGCAUGUGAAAGCGAACUGUGGGAAACAACUGAUUCUGAAGAUGAAACUACAGAUGUUCCUGGUGACGAAUUGCACAAGGAAGGUGAAUCAGAGAGCCUUUCUGACAUUGAUGACGCAGAGAUUGGCAGCUACUUGAAUAAUGAGAAAGAGAAGAAUUUUAAGAAAACAAUUUGGGAAAUGAUGAAUCAAGAGUAUCUUCAGGAACAAGCAGCGAAAAGAGUUGCUGCUGCUAAUGUCACAAACUCUAAAACGGACCUCAGACAUAAAAGGGCAACAGGUGUAAAGAAAACACAAUCUACAGCUAAACCAACUUGUCCAACAUCACCUAAGAAGCGGCCUCACUAUAGAAUCAACUAUGAUGCACUGUCCAAAUCCCUCGAUGAACCUUCCACCUCAGAUAAUAACCCGCAGAAGAGGCGGAAAGAUGUCGAUUCAGACAAAAUAGUGGGCGAAAGUUCAGUUGAUACCCAGUUGAAUGAAGAAGUAGCAGAGGAAUCUGAAGACGAAGUAAAUGGCUGGGAAGAUGAUCCAGACUAUUCACAUUAUAACAAUCAAGAGGAAGAGUAUGACUACUACGACGAUGAUGAUGAGUUCUUUUAAUGAUGAGAAGGCGUCCUAACCGGAUCGGAACCUCGCUCAGGUCAACCCGGUCCAGGUUUGCAGGCAAGGGCCCUUGGAUGAGUUCUUUUAAAUGACUUUUACUUUGUUGGUCACUUUACAAAAUUUGUAGAUUUUUGUUUUGCGUCUUUAUAGAGUAAAAUUUACCAGAACUAAUAGAUACUAUAUGUUAACAAUUUUGUAUACUUUGGAGGAAAUACAAAUAACACAAUAUUUCUUACUAUGCGGUUUUUGUUGGA